AUGCAGUCAUCACAAGAUGAUGCCGCAGAUAUUAAUCAACAACACGGUAAUACCAAUAAUAGUGCCAACUUUCAAUCAUUAAUUAUCGAUAACUAUACAUCAAGUGAUACAACACACAACAACGAUAAGAAUUUAUCUUUUAAUAAUGAUGAAAAAUAUCCGCCCAUUAUUAACUCGCUUUCCCCUCAUUCAUUUUUUUCUCAACCUAUUCAUGCAAAUAAUCAUAUAAACGUCUUACUCCUCAGUAAUUCGUUAUUACAUCAGACGACAACAAGCUGUACAGUAAAAAAAAAUUUAUUUCGCAACAGUCCCUCCCACGUCGACGCAUCGUUUCAUCGUCGUCAAAAAAGACGACGAAUAUUUUUUCAUAAUCAAAAACCUAAUGUCCCUAUUUCAGGUAGCCCAACAACGUAUUUAGCGGCUAAUACAUUAAGAUUAGCCCUGGCCAGCCUUCAAUUAACCGAACCGUCAACGGAACAACUAAUUGCUCAUAUUCCAAAUUCUGUAUUUAAUAAUUUACAUGGAUUACGUGUACCAAGUGAACGUAAAUAUUGUGGAAUAUUAUUAUUUCUUGAUGUAUGCGGUUUUACAGCAUUAACUGAAACCUAUAGUCAUCAUGCACAUAAAGGUAUUAAUCAAUUAACACGUACGUUGAAUGUUUAUUUUGAUAAACUGGUGUUAGAAAUACUUGAUUCAGAUGGUGACAUAUAUAAAUUUGCUGGAGAUGCAAUAUUAGCAUUAUGGCAAACAUCAAUUGACGAUUGUGACGAAAAUGAAGAUAAUUUGUUAUUAAUGUGCGAAAAAGCGUUGAAUUGUGCUAUAAAUUUACAAGCAAAAUGUGGAGAAUAUCAGACAGAUGUGGACGUUGUUUUACGUGUUAAAGUGGCUUUAGCAUAUGGUCCAGUAAGUAUAAUAUUUGUGGGAAAUGAUGAAUUUAAACACUAUAUAAUGAUAGGUGAUGUAGUUAGAGAAGUGACUGAAUGUGAACAUGAAUGUGUACCGGGUGAUAUCAUUAUUGCAAAAUCAAUGUAUGAAAAGUUAUCGUUGUCAACAAAGUUAUCCGAUAAAUAUGAUCUUGUUUCAAACGGAAGUAAAGGAAAUAUGUCUGUUAAAUAUGAUAAAUUAAUUGACACUAUUAAUGUGUCGAAUGAUGUUAUUAACGAUGGCGAUAACAAAGAUAUAAUGAAUGAUGAUGAUGACAAUAUUUCAUGGCGAACAUCAGUUGAUCUAAUGGAUGAUAAUGACAGUAGACGGAAUUCGUCUAAUUCGAUACAAUUACAAUCGCCUGAGACGUUUAAGACCGAUGAAUUAUGUAAUUCAAUAACCAAUGAACUAUUAAAGAUAAAUGAUGAUACUGUGCAAAAUCAGAAAUUCCAUUUUCAACAUCGUCGACAUUCAUCGAGUGAAUCCAUGGCAAAUUUAGAAUCAUUGAUAAAAACAUUCAUAAUUCGCUGUGUCCUUCUAAAGAUUGAACAUAAUCAAACAUUAGAGUAUUUAUCCGAGCUAAGACGUGUAACAAUAUCAUUUAUUCAUUUGGAUGUAUGUGAUGAUAAUCAAACAGAUUUAUGUUUAAAAGUUCAAAGUGUAUUUCUUAAAAUAUUUCAAACAACAAAGAUGAAGGGAGGUGUUCUUACCAAAGCUCUUCUUUUUGAUAAAGGAUGGAGUUUUUUAUGUGUAUUUGGAUUACCUGGCUACAAAAGUGAUGAUGACUCAGCAAACGCAUUGAAAUGUGCAUAUCAAAUUCACAGUGAUCUAAAACAACACGAAGACUAUGCAUUUGUAAUGAAAUGUUCUAUUGGCGUGGCAACGGGGUUAACAUAUUGUGGUGUUGUUGGUCAUAUUGAACGAUGUGAAUAUACAGUUAUUGGACGAAAAGUAAACAUGGCUGCACGUUUAAUGUGUAAUUAUCCGGAUGUUGUUAGCUGUGAUAAUGAAACAUACUACAAUUCAAGGUUAAAUUUAAAACAUUUUCAACCACUUCCCGAUAAACAACUUAAAGGUAUGACGAAUGUUGGUGUUAUUUGGAAGUAUGGUGAUUAUUCUGAGAAGAGUCGACGAAGUACAGUUUCCACAUCGGAUACUGUCACAAACCAGAAUAUGAAUGAACAAGAAAUUGUGUGUUACGAUGGUUAUCAUAGACAUUGUUAUCCAUUGUUAGGACGAAGAAUUGAAUUGAUGAUUGUUGCAUCACAAAUGAGUUUAUUAGAUGAAUCUGCAUCAUACAAAGAAAAACAUCGAUCAUUAUCAGCAAUUAUAUUUGAAGGUGAUGAUGGAAUUGGUAGAACGCGUCUUUUACAAUACUUGGCGGAUACGUUUGAGAAUACGAAUACUAGUUUAAGUUCGAAUCAUUAUGAUCAUUAUACUUCAAAAAAUUCAAAUGCUAAUUAUACAACAGUGUCAAAUGAUAAUGUCACAGAUCCAUCGUCAUCGUCGCUCAAUUAUUGUUGUUCGUGUUGUUCAACUAAUACUCGAAUUACACGAGUUAUACAUCAGCGUGUUUGUUGUGAACAACGUUAUUCGGAAUAUUCCUUAUUACGAACCAUAUUAAAAGAUUUAUUACAUUUUAAUGACAAAACAUGUUAUGAAAAAGAACAUUUUUUAUUGAAAUUAUUUGAUGUAUCUAAAUCAGGUGAUUCUUUAUUGAGAAAACAUUUAUUUUUGUUAAACGAUGUACUCGAUGUGAGAUUUAAUCGGCAAAUGGAUAUAACAACAGGCACGAACGACAAUGAUAAAACAUCAAGCCGAAAUUUCAUGCAAACUUAUGAAGAACGUGUUAACGAACUAUUACUCCACAUUCUGAGUAAACUAAUUGACUCAUCCUCAGUUAAUGAAAACUAUAUGAAAACCCACGUUUCUUCAACAACGAAUAUAACAAGCCAUUUGUAUCACAAGAAAAAUUCAUCAUCAACACUUUUACCAAUUGAUACAGUAUCAAAAAUUUUGUUUAUUAUUGACGAUGUGCAUUUUGCUGAUGAAAGUUCACUAAAACAUCUAUUAACAUUAGGAAGUCAUAGUCAUUCGUUAGUCAUUAUGUCAUUAAAACCAUUACGCAGUACAGAUCGAACGAUAAAAACAUUAGCAUCCAUCAUAACAGAUUUUCGUGUUUAUCGUCGAAGAUUAACGUCUUUAGAAAAUCAUUAUUUAACAACAUUAGGGUGUCAAAUUCUUCUUGUUCAUCGAUUACCAGUAAAACUGAUCAAAUUAUUGAGUGAUCGUUGCAAUGGUAUACCAGGUUUGUGUGAACAAAUGUUAUAUGACCUCCUUCGUAAAGAUAAAAUAUAUAUUGUCAAUGAAACUGAACGUGAAAAAAUUCAAGAACAAGAAAAUGAAUUAAUUAAUGGUGAUCCACAACUAUUAACAAUAUCAAAACAAAAUGGAUUAUUAAAAAAUAUAUUUCAUCAUCAUCAUCAUCAUCAAUCAUCGUCAACAACAAAUAGUUCAGAUAAAAAAGUAGCAGUUAGAAUUAUUGAUAUAAAUAACAAAAUUGAUCCUCUACAACGUGUAUGUUUAGUAAGAAAUAGUGAGACGUUAGACACCGAUAUACAACAAGAUUUUCAAGAUUAUAUUCUCUGUCGUAUUGAUCGUUUAUCCGAAGGUGAAAGUUUAUUGGCUAAAAUUGCAUCUGUUGCUGGUGUUACAUUUUCGAGAAAUUUUUUAUUAGCAUUACUUGAUACAAAUGCGAAACAAUCGAUGAAUAUUAAUGAAUGUUUAGUUGAAAUGAUGCAACGUUCAAUUAUUGAGUGUGCAAUGAAACGAAAGACCGCAAAUAUCCUAUAUAAACAACAACAACAACAAAAACAGUACCAAAAUUCUACAGAUAAUUCGACAUUAAAUGGUAAUCAUCCAAUGAAAUGUUAUUGUUUGAAUAAUCUAUCUGGUAUGGCAUUUAUGUGUAAAAUGAUGUCUUUUACUCAUCCCACAAUUCGUGAUGUCAUUUAUGAUACAUUAACAGAAAAAACAAAACAAAUAUUACAUGAAAAAGCAGCAUCCUAUCUCGAAGAAUGCAACCCAUUAUGUCGGGGAUGUGGUGGUGGUGAUACACCGUUUUUAAUUUGUCAUGAUUUAACACAAUUUUUACAACAUAAUCAACAAUCACUUUUCAACAUUGUAACAUUAAUUGCAUUAAAAAAAAUCGAUAAUGAUAUUACCAAACAAUUGAGACAACGUGGCACAAGUGAACCAGAAAAAAAUACAUCUUUAACACAUGUAAAACUAUCCCUGCUCCAUUCACUAUCGACCUCUUAUUCAAAUCAAGAUGAUACAAAAAUUAAUCCAAGAUCUGUCAGCGAUCCAUUAAUACCUAAUUCACAGAAUAGAUGUAGAAGUAAAAGUGCUUCAGAUAAUAAAGGAACUUUUAGUAUAAAACCAAGUGAGAUGACAGCUGUAGAAGAACAAGAAAAAGAAAAAGAAAUUCAAAUCGAAUCACCACGAACACCUAUUUUAAUGCCAAAAGUGAACACUCAAUCAGAAUCUAAAAAUGAUAAUUUAACUUUAAUACGUUUUGCAUCACGAUCAUCAUCGUUGGAUCAGGAUCAUAUGAAAAUUACCGUACACAAAUCAAAUCCAUCCUUAGCGUCACCAAUGUCACCGUCAAAAGAAUUAUUACAUUCAACACUGCCUAUAUUCGAAUAUCGAAAAGGUGUACCAGAAACAUCACCAGUAACAGGUUCAAUAGGUGAAAAUAAUGCUAAAAAUCGAAAAAUUUCAAAAAAAAAUGAUACAAAAUGGAUAACAAAACGCAGAAAGGAAACUAGUACACAGAAACUUCAAGUUCUCGUUACAAUACUUCGAUUUAUUUGUUGUACUUUAUUGCCAACAUCAUCUUUAGAAAAUAUACAUGAUGAUAAAAUUAAUAAUAAAGAUAAACAGAAUAAAACUGAUUUAGUGUCAUCAACAAUACUUGAUAGAGAAUACAUUAAUGAAGAUGAAAUAAAUGAUAAUGAUAAAACGAAUAAUAAUAAAAUGAAUGGAAAAUGUACUACUGUCGAGAAUGAUAAAUCAUCAAAAUGGAAAAAUGUACGACAUGCUGUAUGUGAAUUAGCAAAAAAAUAUCGUGCUGAAAAUAGUGUACCAAAUUUUGAUAAUGAAGAUUUAUUUUAUGAUAUUAAACAAAAAUUACAAACACAUUUUCAGUUAUUAGAACAACAACAACAACAGGCAACAUUUUCACUAUUCCAACAAUUAUAUGAUGAAUCAAAGACAUUUCUAACAUUUGAAUCUUAUGAACGCUAUAAACUAUUGACAAUUCACUCAUAUUAUCGUAAUCAAUCGAAUGAAGUACCAUUAACAAAAUCUGGUUCAAAACAUCGUAUAAUAAUUUCCAGUCAAAAUGAAAUGUUAUCAAAUGAUUGUGAUUUUAAUGAAUUAUUAAAAUAUUUUCAACAAACUGAUUUUCAAUGGUCAGAUUUACGUGCAUGUGAAUGUGAUGAUCAAUUAUUAACCAUAUAUAUUCAUCUUGUUGAUCAUUAUUUAAUACUGAAUAAAAUUGAUGAAGUUUUAUAUUAUAAAAUAAAAAUAUGUCAGUUAUUAUUAAAAUGUAAUUGUUUACAACGAGUAUUAAUUGAAAUUGAAAAUGGACGAAAAUUAGCAAAUAAACAUACUUAUUAUCAUCUUAAUUUUGAUUUAUUAGAGGCAACAGUUUUAUAUCGUACACGUUUUAUAGCUGAUGCAAAAAAAUUACUUGAUAAUAGUUUAAAUAGUUUAAAUCAAUUAUAUAAUGAAAUUAAAGAACAAAAAUCAACAUUAAAUCAAUUAGGUGAACAAGAAAAAUUGGAAAAAAAAAUAUUUUCUCAAAUAAAAUCUAUAGAUUUUAGUAAUACUAGUCCAAUUUCAUCAAAUCGUAAACAAUUAAAUAAUUAUUCUAAACCAUCAUCUAUGGAUCAAGUAGCAAAUUUAGAUGAAAAAUCACGUAUCAAUGUUCAACCAUAUCGAAAACGUCCAUCUAUUAUUCAAUUGAUGGCUAUUCAAGAUUCCAUGUAUAAUAUUUAUUCACUUGAAUAUUUAAUAUGUCAAUUUUUUGUAUUACGAUAUAAAAUUGGUAAAAGAGUUGAUAAUCAAACAAUUAUUGAUGAAUCAAUUCAAACAAUUUUAAAAUAUCCCUAUUAUAAAUAUCCAUUUUCAUUUUCUUGUUCAUGUACUAUUUUAUUAAUUGAUUAUUAUUAUGAAAAACAUAAAUAUGAUAUAUGUUUAAAUUUAAUUAAUCAAUUUUUAAAUUAUUGGUGGUUAAUUAGUCAAUCACGUGAAAAAUUAGAAUUUGCUAAAUUAACAACAAUAUCAUUAAUAAUUGAAUUAAAUCGAAAUAAUAUUGAACGUUCAAUUAUUUGUGGUUAUUUUUCAAAAAGAGUUUUAACCGGUUUUCAUGAAAAUAUAUUUCUUGUUGAAACAAUAAUUCAAUUAACUUAUUCACUUUUAUUUAAAAUGCGUUUAUCAAAUAUUGAAAUUAUAUUAAAUCAUCUUGAAUAUAUUAGUGAUCAAACAUCUAAUUAUUAUACAAAAUUAUGGUAUUAUAUACUUGUUGUCGAUAUAGCCAUUGAAUUUGGAUAUGAACUUGUACCAAUUAAUUUAAAAUUUAUUAAUUUAUUAUCAAAUUAUCGUAAAAAAUUAUCAGAAUAUGAUAAACAAUUUUUAUUAUUUUAUGUUGAUUGUUGUCUAGCACAAAUAUAUUCAAGAAUAAAAGAAUUUAAAUUAUCUGUUAAACAUUUUAAUCAUGCAUUAAAUAUGUUAUCAUAUAUAAAAUUAUCAUUAAAUGAUUUUGCUGUACAACGAGCUCUUUUUAAAUUAGCUGAAGUACAAUUAUUAAAUUGGUGGUAUCAAAUUAAAUAUAAACAAAAUUCAGAUAUUAUAUUAGUAACAAAAGAUCAUUUUCUUUAUACAUAUGCUAAAAAUUUAUUACCAAAAGAAUCAAAAUUAUUAUUACCAAGAUAUUAUAUUUAUGAUGCCUAUUUUUCUAGAUUAGUAGAAACAUAUCAACAAUCAUUAUCAAGAUCAUUAUCUACAAAUGAACAACAAAAUACAUGGAAAAUGAGUUUAAGAAAAGGAAAAUAUUAUGCUGAAAAAUAUUCUAUUAAACUUGAUUAUGAAUGGAUUAAACAAUUAGAUACAAAAUGGUCUAAUAAAAUAGUAUCGGUAACAACACCAACAAAAACAAUAACGAAAAGAUCGUUUGGAUCAUUUGAUAUAAACACGUCUUCUCUAAUAGAAAAACCUCCACUUAGAAAAUCGGUACCACAUGAUGAUUUAUUGAGUGAAUCAAAAUCUCUUGAUAGAAAAAUAUCUCGUGAUGAUGUUGAAGGUAUACAAAAUUUUAUUGAUUGGCGUUUAUAUAAUUCGAAUAAAGAACGAUUUUUUUUUUAUAUGUUACCGGUGAUUGUAUAA